GGACCGGGAGGGGAGGGUUUAAAUUACUUCCAGAGAUAGUCCGAGUGUGUGAGUGUCGGGGCUCCCGGUGCCCAGUGUGUGUGUGGGUGUGAGAGUGAUGGAUGAGAAGGUGUCGGCUUCAACAUGAGCGCUUCUUCCGGCUCCGAGCAGGAGGCAGUGACCGUGGCCGCCGGGGCUGAGCGUCUCUCGGCCGUUCAGACAGACGGCGGCGGCCCGGGGGCGGGGGCUGAGGACGGUAGUCUGGUACCGGGGAAGCAGAGAGAGGCGAGCGGCGGCGGCGGUCUGUACAGCUCGGCGCCGUUGGCGGCCGGCGAUGGAGACGGAGGUGACGGCGGUGGCUCGAGCAGUGCGGCAGCCACAGAGAAGAAACCUGCUUUUGUGGGUCUUGGUCUAUGCUACGCACUGUUGUCAAGUGUAUUCUUUUCAGUUGUUUCACUUUUGGCAAAGAAAGUAGAAGGAAUCCAUUCUAUUGAAAUUAGUGGAUUCCGAUGUUUUUUUCAAGGGGUGAUUAUAUGUCCUUUGAUUAUAUACAAUGAAAUAAGCUUUUUUGGACCAAAGGAACAGAGAUGUUAUCUUUACCUCCGAGGAUUUUUGGGUGCUUCAGCAAUGAUACUGCUCUUCUACGCCAUUCAACAUAUGCCUUUGGCAGAUGCCACUGUCAUUGCAUUUAGCAACUCAAUCUUUGUUGGAAUAUUUGCAUGGAUGUUUCUGAAGGAAAGAUGCACUAUUUGGCAACCAAUCUUCACAAUUUUUAUCUUAAUUGGGGUGAUUCUUAUUGCAAGACCACCAUUUCUGUUUGGCUCUCACAUUCCUGGAAUUGAAGUUAACUAUACAGAACACAUCAAAGGGACAUUUGCUGCUUUUGGAAGUGCAUUAUGUGCUGCAAUAAGUAUGAUUGUAAUUCGAAAGAUGGGGAAAUCUGUCCAUUGCUUUAUAUCUAUUUGGUACUUUUCAGUUAUUGGUUGCAUUGAGUGUGUGAUUGUGGUCUCAAUAAUUCAGGAAUGGCGGUUGCCUUACUGUGGAAAAGAUAGAGUGUUUCUUUUAAUAAUCGGUCUCUUUGGAGUCGUAGGUCAGGUACUUUUCACAAAAGCCUUACAAAUCGAAAAAGCUGGACCAGCAGCACUAAUGAAGACCAUGGAAGUGGUUAUGGCAUUCAUAUUGCAAUACUUUUUCCUCAAUCGUUCCCCUACUUGGUUAAGUUUGGGAGGAGCCCUCUGUGUGAUAGUUGGAACUUGUGGAAUUAUUUUUCACAAAUGGUAUACUAGAAAAGAAAGUCAACAGUAACAAUUGCAUGGUUUGUUUUGGUAUGCAACCAAUGCAGCGGGUUAGAUUUGUGGAGAGAAUCUGCUAGUGUAAAAUUGCAAUGGUUUGAAUUAAAUUGGUAGUUAAGCAUUUAGAACUGCAUUCAUAAUUCAAAAUGCCAUGACCAUAGAUGGCCAACAAGAGCGACUUACAAUUAUAUAGCGCCCUUCGUGCAGGUAGCAUCUCGGAGUGCUUGAACAUAGCCUUAACACAAAUAAGCAACCACUUAGAAAUUAUAGAUUUUCUUUUGGUUCAGCUUUGUGAUUUGAUUGAAAACAUUUGAAUUUUUUAACAAAAACUAAUUUCUUUUUAACAAUCUGUAAUAUACAGAUAAAACGCAGUUGUGAUGAGAUUGCUUCUUAUGAGAUUUUACACUGGGUGCUAGCUCUCUCUUUAAAAUUCAGGGAACUGUUCUUAAACCUACUGCAUAUCCAAAUAGGAAUGCACUUUAAAAUAGACACUUUUGAAAAAUAUUGAUUACGGUGAUGCUUUUCAAUCUGCUUUGUUUACACAAUCAAAUUACACUUUAAUCUUUUCUGUUUAGAUAUCAAUAUUAUAUGGAUAUUUAAUAAAUGCUGGUGAUUAAAUAUUGUUCCUUAAGGUUAUUAUAAAAGUAGAUCUAUUUUAGUACUAUAUUAUUAUUAGUCCUUUUGACGUUUUAUAGAAGUGAAUCGAAUUGAACAUUCUCAAUUUUUUUAAAAAAGGUAUAGUUGUCGAUUUAAAUU